CUCGCUCAGCGUCCCGCCGCGGCAGCCGCUCGGGGCUCUCGGGGCUGAGCGGAGCCGGGGGCGGGCAGGCGGGGCGGGCAGGCGGCCCGGGCGUCGAGCGGCGCGGGAGAGCGGCAGGAGCAGCCCACCGGGCCGGCCGGCGGAGCCCGGGACGAAGCGGACGGCGCCCUCGCAAACUUGUGCGAGCGCCGGGGCGAUGAAGAUGGCCGCGCCCUGGACGCGGUUCUACUCCCACAGCUUCUGUCUGUGCUGCCAUGUCCGCACCGGCACCAUCCUGCUGGGCGUCUGGUACCUGAUCAUCAAUGCUGUCGUCCUGCUGAUCCUGCUGAGCGCCCUGGCAGACCCUGAUCAGUAUCACUUUUCAGGCUCUGAGCUAGGAGGGGAAUUUGAUUUCAUGGAUGAUGCCAACAUGUGCAUUGCGAUCGCAAUCUCUCUCCUCAUGAUACUGAUAUGUGCAAUGGCUACUUAUGGAGCGUAUAAGCAACAUGCUGCUUGGAUCAUCCCAUUCUUUUGCUACCAGAUCUUUGACUUUGCCCUGAAUACUCUGGUUGCAAUCACCGUGCUUGUCUACCCAAACUCUAUUCAGGAGUACAUACGGCAGCUGCCCCCGAGCUUUCCCUACAGAGAUGAUAUAAUGUCAGUGAAUCCUACAUGUUUAGUCCUUAUUAUUCUUCUCUUUAUCAGCAUUAUCUUGACAUUUAAGGGCUACUUGAUCAGCUGUGUCUGGAGCUGCUACCGAUAUAUCAACGGCAGGAAUGCCUCUGAUGUUCUGGUUUAUGUUACUAGCAAUGACACUACAGUGCUCUUGCCGCCGUACGAUGAUGCCCCUGUUGUCACUGGCACUGCCAAGGAGCCACCGCCACCUUAUGUGUCUGCCUGAACCUAGUGUGGAGGAGCUGAGAUGCAGCUUGGUCCUGUGGCUGCCAGAUUUCCCUUCCUGGAUGAGCUCUUUGAGCCUGUUUGUUGUUAAAAUACCACACUUUACAGUUCAGAUGUUAAGUUGAAGCCUCCGUUGUUUGCAACAUUCCUUUGUAGCUAGAACACCAGAGUAGGGAGGCUGUAGGUUAUUUUGGUAGGGUGGAUGUAGUGAGCUCCCUUAGGCUUUCUCAGAACUGUAGAAGGAGUUCCUGAGUCUGGUUUGUACCUGCCUGGCCUCAAAGCUGAGCAGCCAGUCCCACUUUUUUCUCCAUUCCCUCUGACUGUUUUGAAAGUACAAAAUCAAAAUUAGAUAACACUUAAACCAUUCCAGUAAAUAGAACAAACCUUAAUAUAAAUAAUAUUAACUGCUCUAAUUAGGUUGUUAGGAGCCCUUACAUAUGUGAUAGAAGAAUUUCCCUACUAUUCCCAAAUUCAUGGUAUUCUGAAUUUGCUGGUCAAGGAUUUUCUUUGGACUAAAUAAAGACCAUGAGGUAAUAGGGAACAGUGACAGCGGGAACCUGCUGUCCAUUGUUAUUUUGGGCUGUGCGGUGAUGUGUCUCCCUGCAUGAAAAGGGUGACCUGCUUGUUUGGUGCUGAAGUGCUUACACUUUUCCUCAGUGUCUUGCUCCAGCAAAUCUCUUGCUUUGUCAAGUAGAACCACUCAGGUGUGGUUGCCUAGAAGUAUGGAAAAACCCUCUUUCCUUGCAAGGUACAUCUUAUUUUGAGUUUCUAAGUACGCCUAAUCAUUUAUUAAAAUGUCAAGCAGUCUUCAGAAAGAUGAGGAUUGUUCCCCAGUGGUAUGCUCUAGACUGUUUGAAUUGCAAAAGAUGUUUAUGUUCAUGUCUCUGGAAGCGAGCAGCUCUCCUGCUUGUUCAUUGCUGAAUGUGCUGUACACAAAAGCUUUGCAAUUAAAGUUUGUCUGCAUCCAAGAAAACAA